ACAAACUAUAUAUUUCUAUAGCUUAAGAGGCUAUUCCUUAUGAACUUUUGGUUUCUGAAUAUCAUAUAACUGUGUGGCGAAUUAUUGAGGUCUAAAAGAGAGGACAAAAUCGUGUACAAGUGCUUCCGUAGCGUAUCGGGAGGCCUCAUACGAAAUCUGGCUCAAAUCAGGCAGCGCUGACGCCCGAUUUCGGUCAACAAACAUCCGAGCUGGCAUUGCCACAUCCACAUCCUUUGAUACAAAAUUUAAUCCAACAGACAUCAUGUCAAGUCUACAGAGAGACAAUCGAAUCAAAGGGUUGAUCAGAUGCGAAUCAUGCACUGAAUCUUUUGCUUUGCGCGGACAGCUUAACCGCCAUCGUAAAACCCACACGAAACCAUACCGUUGUGAUCACUGCACGGCAGGAUUUGCUCUAAGAUCCGACCUUAAUCGGCACAAGGCCAAACACGGCGGACGGGCCGACACGAAAUUCUACUGUGCAUGGCCCGGCUGCCAUUUCAAAGGCACCUGGCGAAGGGACAAUCUUUUGAAGCAUUUACGCAAACCGCAUGGGGGAAAGAAUGUCACAGAACAAGUUCGGGCGGCCUACGAGAAGGGCCUGGAGGAACAGAAGAAAGCGACAGACCGUCUGAGCUUCAUGAAAGCUGUCCAGAGUGGCCAUAUCCCAACGGUGAGACAAUUGCUACUGUUUGGGGCAGACAUCGCAGUGAGAAACGACACAGGGAAGACAUCACUACACGUCGCUACGCUGAACGGGGAUGUGGAGAUGAUACAAGAGUUAUUGGGCAAGGGCAUCGAUAUCGAGGCUAAGGAUGACGACAACAUGGCAGCCCUUUACUAUGCAGCCAGGACCGGGAACGAAGCAACUUUACGGAUUCUUGUACGACAUGGUGCUGGUGCUAGCAUUAUAGAGAGAACGGCUAGUGGAACUCGAUGCAGACGUGGAUACACUGGACAAGGACCAAACGACUGCACUAUACCGGGCUGCUGAAAACGGGCACAGCGCGGUGGUGGCGACGCUACUGGAGGCAGGCGCUGAUAGGGUUGAAAGACCGAAGCAAUCAUCUACUUCCAUUGACAGCCAGAAUCAUCGCAAGACUGCACUACGAGUGGCCGUAGCGAAUGGUCACGAAGCAGUUGUAGAUGUUUUACUAGCUGCUGGCUGUGAAGCAACCAACUCAGACUUACGAGCAGCCAUUAGGGGUCACGGUGAAGCAGUGAUGGAGAACCUUGUGGCCGCUGGUGUCGACGUUGACGGUACUUCUCGUGGUAGGACCGCCUUGCAUACAGCUGCACAAAGCGGCAAUAUAGC